AUCAACUACAGAUUAACGUUCACUAGAUUUUAAAAUCCUUAUCAACCUAUAUAUGUUUGACAAAAUUUGUACAAGUGAAUGUCACCUGUGUUGUCAAUCAACAAUAUCAGGUAAUCAAAACAGUGAUCUGACAAAAACGGAUUGUUAGAACUUUCGGCAGUAUCGUUUAAGACAGUAUCCACGUGGACGGAUUGCAAUAAUAUUAUCAAAACUGCUAGAAUUGUGAGGAUAGAUGAAUCAAGGCGCAAGCUCUAGCAGUUGUAACAAAGAAACUUGCCAACCGAAAACUUGCUACAGUCAGCCAGUUAUGUCUUGCCCUUGGAUGACGCAGCAACCUCACGGACUUACACCAGGGACUUCUAAAAGUUGUGAUCCAGCUUCAAGUAGGCAAAUGCAAUCUGGACCCGACCCAUCAGCGAGACCAGACAGACCACUCGGACCACAAUCCUCACUCCAAACAUCUUCCAGUCAUUUCUUCUACUUCCUACGACUUAUGCAACUGUUCCCUGACACCCAUCCUGCGACGUUGCAUACUGUGUUGACAUUAUGCAAAAAUGACUUUUUCAGAGCUGUGGACAAACUGCUGUACGCUAAGAGGUGUAAAACGUUGUAUAGUAGAGGAAUGGGAGUGAUUAAAAGGUGUCCAACAAAUCGUGUCCAGCCAUACCGAGUGUAUGGAGCAGAUUAUCCGCGGUACACAACUUUACCGCAAGAAAAGAAAGAUGUACCUACACCUACGUUGCCUGUAGUGAACAUACGGAAUAUAAUCGAAAAAGAGCAAGAACAUGCUGAGAGUUUUCCCGCGGGAAAUUUGAAGCAGCAUAAAAACCAAGAAGCCCCUCCAGAAAAAAUAGCGCCAACGAUCGAUAGUGAACUCCAAGAUAAAGAAGUUCCACUUGGAGAAGAGGAGAAGGCCAUGAUAAUCAAUGAUUUGAGCAAUUUGGAACAAAAUGUGAUUGAUAAUAAUUUGGACGCAUUGGAGAGCCAUGAUGGCUUUGAUUCUGCGAAUGGGUUGAAGCUGAAAAGAAAUCGCCCUACUACUGAGAACUCGAGUUCCACUUCAGAGGAAGAAACUCCUCAACCGUACGGAGUGGUAUGUUUGACAAGUAGUGGUUGCUCACAAUUAGUUCCAGGUGAUAAAAUAAUUUUCAUGUGAUAGUUCGUAUUUUAUAUUUUACAUUAAUAAAAC